UGCCGCGCGGUGCGAGCAGCCGAGCCGACGCACACAACGCACGCUCGAGCCCCGAGCGAGCUCCAGUCUCGCCGCGUCCACGAGGCGCACAGCACGCCGCCGAACUCCAGCUGUACGCGCUCCGUCUUCGCAUUGUCUGCCGACGUCGCUGUCCAACUUCAACAACGGCUGGACCGUCAUAAAUGUUGGCGGAUGCAAGUGUGCAAUCUCCAGUUUAUCAAUCUCGGUGGAUCCAAGAGACACCAUGAGCUCUUCUGCAAGCAGAGGUCUUUUCCCCACCCUGGAAGACCUCGAUCCGGGCCGGAAGAACGAGUCUUUGCCCCGCGUCAAGGCCAAGUAUUCCAGCUACGCGGAGCUACUGCAGACGCACGUAGACCUGCUCACCGAAGACUUCAUCAGUGCCCUCAGCGAGCAAGUUAACAACCUUCGCGCGAACCCUUCUCUCUUGGACUCGUCGGCAUGCUACACCGUCACGGGACGGUAUGUUCAUCAGGAACGCUCAAAACAGGCUGGAUUGGAGUUUACCUUCAAUCCGUCUCGCUACAACCACGUGAAGUGGGAGGAGGAGCGUCGUUUUCUCACCGGCAACCUGGUGCUGCUGACCCAGUCUAACCUCAAGGACUUCAUCGUGGGCGUGGUGCACGACAGCCGGCCGCAGCAGCUCCGCCAGGGGCGCGUCGUGAUCAAGCUCAUCAGGGGCGUGAACGAGGAUGGCAGCUUCUGGUCGUGUGACCACGAACCCUAUGUGAAGCAGACAUUUAAGCUCAUUGAGUCUCAGCCCUUCUUCUUUCCUUGCCUGCACGUGACGAGCGUGCUGCGGAAGGACCUAGCAGACCCCUUUCGCACGCUGGCCAACCUGGAGGCUGAAGUGGUACACGGCGUGCUUCCGUCGCGACCGCCUAAGUACUCAUCGUACCUUCGAAGCGUGACGCAGACAUCUGAGGAGGUGGAGGCGCUGAAAAAGAGGUUCCGAACAGAGCUGAACGAAUCCCAGAUGGACGCUUUGGAGAAAGCUCUGGUGUGCCGUGUGGCGCUGGUUCAGGGUCCGCCUGGAACGGGAAAAACUUUCUUGGGUAGCAGGCUCAUUCACGGCUACAGCGACAAGCAUGACCGCGCUGACUACGGCCCUCUGCAGCAAAGGUACAACGUCGCAAGAACUCGCACUCGGACAGAGCUAAUGAAGGGCGCUGAUGUCCUAGCCAUGACCACCACAAGAGCUGCAUACAUGCGCCCGACACUUGACUCCCUCGACAUCAAAAUAGUUAUUGUGGAGGAGGCUGGAGAGGCUUUAGAAGGCUACGUGUUGGCUAGUCUACCGUUCAGCACGGAGCAUCUUAUUCAGAUUGGUGACCAUAGGCAACUGCGGCCCAGCUGCGAGAACCCUCUACUUGGUGCAUCUCACGGCCUAGACCUGUCGCUGUUCGAGCGUCUCAUUCGCAACGGCGCCGACUGUCCCAUGCUAAACGAACAGCGCCGCAUGCGGCCGGCCAUCGCUCGCCUGGUGAGCGGGCCCGGUGGCGUGUACCCGGACCUACGCAAUCACCCAACGACGGAGGACCGGCCCAGGAUCGCCGGCGUCGACCUGGACGAUGCAGUGUUCAUGGUGGAUCACGAGUCCCCAGAAACUCAGGAUGGUAAGGGUUACCACAACGAUCUAGAGGCUGACUUCGCUGCUGAGCUCGGGAACUAUUUCCUUCUGCAAGGAUAUUCUCCUGAGGAGAUAACGAUUCUUACAACCUACCGACGGCAGUUGUUUUUAAUUUUACAAAGAAUACGCUCAAUUGGAGGUGAUGCUACACGCAUCCGAGUGACUACAGGUGCGGGCAACAGUUACGGCCGCCGAGAAGAAGUCCGCUUCCCUUUCCGCCGAGCUGGAAGAGGUAGAGGCUGAGGCGGAGUCGGCUCCACUGGGGUCCCCACAGCAGAGGCAGAGGCAGCGGGACGCUCAGAGGAUCCGCGGCGAGCUGCAGGAGGUGUCCUCAAAGGUGGAACGGGCACGAGCGAAGUUCUGCAGGGUAGAAGCAUUGCUGCAGCGCGGUGGUGUGAAUGUGGAGGCCGACACGAUGGAGACCCUCGAGAGACGGUUGCUAAGCGACACCGACGGGCUUGUGCGGGGAUUGGUUGGUCUUAGGGUUCAGUAGGAAAGAGAUGUGAAUUUGUGAUACUGAUAAUAAAGGGACUUGUAUUGUUGUA